GUGGAGGCCACAAGCUUCACUCAGACUGGACCCACUUGCAGUGCAAAGACCACAAGCAAGAAGACUCCGAAGCCGGGAGUAGAAGUACCAACAUUUUUCUUGGAGCGUAGAAAGAGAAGACAUCGUUUGAUUCCGCGGACUGUCUGCUGGAGCUCCAACACCGACGAUUCGAUCCUCCGCUAUCCGCCAGAUUUCUGGACAUAGCAUCUAAACAAAGUUGGUAGUAAACUCUUUGGAGUUUGGUAAGAGUCGCCACGUUUUUUCUUUGCUUGUGAGAGUGGACUGCACUGAAACUUGGGAGCCGACCCGCUUGGGUCGCGGUUGGACCUGGCGCAUCCUUUCGGCAACUCUGCGAAAGUUUUUGGCCAGUCAGAUCUGAAGACUUUGAGUCGAGUCAGACUUUUUCAGUAGCUGCUGCCGCGUCCGGAACCGAGACGACCGGUCAGAGAGCCGCUGACGAGACCUCAAAGACGCUUCUUUCAAGAUCCCUCUGAUUCAGAAAUGACAGAUUGUCUCUUCUAAAUCCUACGACUUCCUGGAGGGAUUGAGAAGAAAAGAGAUCUGAGAAGAAGUGCAGUAGCUUAGCAACAAAGAAGACAAACAAAAGAACAAGUUCCAAUCCCAGAAUCCUCCUCAGCUGACCCCAUGGCGCGGUCGCCCCUCACCGGCCCCUGCGUGGCCCUCGCCCUCCUCUUCUUCGGUUUGACCUCCUGCACGCCCUCAGGCCCCGCCUCCGCCACCUGCGCCACCCUGGAGCAGAGCCGCUUCUUCGGCGUGUUCACUUCGACCACCACCCUGCCCUCGGCGCCGUGCUCCUGGACCCUGCAGAACCCCGACCCCCGCCGCUACACCGUCUACAUGAAGAUCACCAAGCCCACCGACGCCUGCGCGCCCCGCCAGAUCCGCACCUUCCAGUUCGACUCCUUCAUCGAGACCUCCCGCACAUACCUGGGCAUGGAGAGCUUCGACGAGGUCGUGCGGCUGUGCGACGCCUCCACCACCGUCACCUACCUGGAGUCCAGCAAGCAGUUCCUCCAGAUCCGCAAGGUGGCCCCGAGGAACGCCCUGGAGGUCCCGGCGGGUCAGAGCGACGUCAGCGAGUUCAAGGCCGAGUUCCUGGUGGUGGGGAAGAGGAACCCCAGCAUGCCCGCCUGCCAGAUGCUGUGCCAGUGGCUGGAGAAGUGCCUGUCGAGCAGCACCCACGACUACCCCUGCGGCAUCAUGAACACGCCCUGCCAGUGCUGGGAGGCCCCAAAGAGGAAGCCAGGAAGCUGCUACAGGGGGGGUGUCUACGUGGAGAAAUGCUCGCCGGCUCCCAAAGACAACGACCGCGACGCCGAGAUCAUCAAGGGCUGGGGGGUCUGGGGCCGCUGGUCCGUCUGCAGCCAGGAGUGCGGCGGAGGAGUGCAGGUGCGCAGCCGCAGCUGCCAGCCCGAAAACGCCGUCUGCGAGGGAACAGUGGAGGAAGGUCGCGCCUGCAACCCUCAGGCCUGCAUCGGCAAAGAGCGCAGCAGGAGCCAGGGUCUGCGCGCCAUCAUUGGUCUGAAGAGAGACGGCACCGAUGGAAUCAGCACUGCAGCUGUGGCGCCCCCAACAGACACCAAGACGGACGAGUGGUCCUCCUGGAGCUCAUGCUCGGUCUCCUGCGGGGAGGGCUGGCAGAGCCGCACCCGCCUCUGCGCCACCUCCUCCUUCUCCUCCGAGUGCACCGGGCCGCUGCGCGAGAACCGCGAGUGCAACAACACCGUCGUCUGCCCCGUCGAUGGUGCUUGGGAUGAGUGGACCCCCUGGAGCUUGUGCUCAUCCACGUGUGGCCGUGGUUACCGCGCCCGCACCCGCACAUGCAGGCAGCCCCAGAAUGGAGGACAGCCAUGCAACGGCCCCGAGAAACAAACCAAGUUCUGCAACAUCGCUGUCUGCCCCGUGGACGGAUCCUGGAACGACUGGUCCGCGUGGACCGCCUGCUCCUCCACCUGCUCCAACGGCACCAUGCAGCGGACCCGGGAGUGCAACGGCCCGUCCUACGGAGGCUCGGAGUGCCACGGCAGCUGGAAAGAGUCUGCAAACUGCUUCCUGAAGGAGUGUCCAGUGGACGGGCGAUGGCACUCGUGGAGCUCCUGGGGCAGCUGCAGUAAGACCUGCGGUGGAGGCGUCCAGCAGAGGCAGAGAGUCUGUGAGGGCCCUUUCUUUGGGGGGGAGCCGUGCCCCGGCGAGGGCGGAGAGCAGAGACGCUGCAAUGAGAAGAGAUGUCCCGAACCCCAUGAGAUCUGCCCCGAGCAGAACACGGGCGACGUUGUGUGGAAGAAGACUCCUGCUGGAGAUGUUGCUGCUGUGGUCUGCCCUGAAGAUGCUAAAGGUUUGAUUCUGCGCCGCUGCACUCUGGACGCCGUCGGCCUCGCCUCCUGGGAGAACCCCACUCACAUCAAGUGUGUCUCCAGCAAAUACGAGAACAUUCAGGCUCUGUCCAGGGUCUACAACUCCAAAGCCCAAACCGGACAGAGUGUGGACGGCAUCGCCGAGGUGAUUUCACGCCUCAGAUUCUCCUCUGAUGAAGGAGCCAAGUACAGCGGAGACCUCCUGGCUGUUAUGGAGAUCCUGAGGAACACCACGGAGAUAUACAAAGGGACCAGGCUGAGGCUGAGCAACGCCGACGUGGAGAACUAUGUCCAGACCAUCAGCAACCUUCUGAAGGAGGAGCACCGUGACAAAUGGGAAGAGGCACAGCUGAGCGGAGCCAACAUGAAGGAGUUCCUCCGCCUGGUUGAAGAGUUUGUGAACAUGAUCGGCAUGCAGAUGAGCGGCUUUCAGGACAUUUAUGAAGUCACGGAGAACUUAGUGAUGAGCAUCCACAAGCGCCCCACGACCACCAGCUCCAACUUCACCUUCCCCGUCAAAGGCUGGAGGGGCAUGCUGGACUGGGUCCGGACAUCCGAGGAGAAGAUCUCCGUCUCCCGUGAAGCUCUGUCUCUGAAGCAGUCCGACGGAAACGACGCCUUUGUGACUGGAAUCGUCCUCUACAGAAACCUGGCUUCUAUCAUGCCCUUCCAGAGCAACACAACCCUGCUCAACUCCAAGGUGGUGUCUGUGAUCGUCAAGCCCACCCCUAACCUGCUGUCCACCCCCGUGGAGAUCGAGUUCCCCCACCUCCACAACGACACGGUCAACGAGACGUGCCUCUCCUGGGACGAGAGCGAAUCCUCGUCUCUGCUCGGCUCUUGGUCUGCGCGGAGCUGCAGAGCGGUGCCCGUCCAUUCAUUCCGAACCAAAUGCGUCUGUGACAGCCUCUCCACCUUCGCCAUCUUAGCGCGCGUCAACCUGGACUCGAUCAUGGACAAGGCUCUGCUCCCGUCCGUGACGCUCAUCGUCGGCUGUGGGGUCUCCUCUCUCACCCUGCUGCUCCUCAUCAUCAUCUACGUCUCCGUGUGGAAGUACAUCCGCUCCGAGCGCUCCGUCAUCCUCAUCAACUUCUGCCUCUCCAUCAUCUGCUCCAACGCUCUCAUUCUAGUCGGUCAAACUCAGGCCCGCAACAAGGUGGUGUGCACUCUGGUCGCGGCCCUCCUGCACUUCUUCUUCCUCUCGUCUUUCUGCUGGGUGCUGACUGAAGCUUGGCAGUCCUACAUGGCUGUCACUGGUCGUCUGCGCAACCGCAUCAUCCGCAAGCGCUUCUUGUGCUUGGGUUGGGGACUUCCCGCUCUGGUUGUUGCCGUUUCUGUUGGUUUCACUAAAGCCAAAGGAUACGGAACCGUCAACUACUGCUGGUUGUCUCUCGAGGGCGGCCUCCUUUACUCCUUCGUCGGCCCCGCUGCAGCCGUAGUUCUGGUGAACAUGGUCAUCGGCAUUCUGGUCUUCAACAAGCUGGUGUCCAAGGACGGCAUCACCGACGUGAAGCUGAAGGAGCGAGCUGGGGCGUCGCUGUGGAGCUCCUGCGUGGUUCUGCCCCUCCUGGCGCUCACCUGGAUGUCCGCCGUGCUGGCCAUAACCGACCGCCGCUCCGCCCUCUUCCAGAUCCUCUUCGCCGUCUUCGACUCCCUGGAAGGGUUCAUCAUCGUCAUGGUGCACUGCAUCCUCCGCAGAGAGGUUCAGGAUGCUGUGAAGUGCAGAGUGGUUGACCGUAAGGAUGAUGGGAAUGGAGACUCCGGCAGCUCCCUGCACAACGGCCAGCCCCAGCAUAUGCCGUCCGAUAAUGAAAAGGACGGAGAUUCAAGCAGACAAGGAAUGAAGAGCUCCUCGGAGGAGAAGAUGUCUCCUCCUCAGCUGCCGCUCCCCAUGGGCUCCAACUUCCACACUCUGCCGCUGAAGGGCAGCCACAUGCAGGCGGUGCCCGAGUACUCCAGCCACACCCUCACCCUGAAGCGGGAGAAGAGCCGGCUGCCGGGCGGCAUCGACCCGUCCUCCGGGAAGCCCGUCUACGUCUGCGAGGGCGAGCUCUUCCAGCAGCUGGACGCCGACCUGGCGAGGGCGCAGGCCGAGGGCAGCCUGUCGGACGGCAGCGGUUACAUCCUCAUGCCCAACACCACCUCCACGCUGAGGUCCAAGCCCAAAGAGGACAAGUACAACAUGGAGCAGCUGCCCCAGGCCAGGCUCAUGCACCUGGGCGGCCCCUUCGCCGAGCCGCAGGCCGCCUUCGGGAUGGCAGCGGUGCCCCCCGACCAGGUCAGCGUGUCGUUUUCGGAGAGGGACUCGCCCAUCCAGAACAUCCACAACAUGUCCAGCGAGUCUCACAUCACCCACAGCAGCCUGGAGAACACCUUCGAGUCCAUGAACUCCAUGAUGUCCAAGAGCGAGACCAUCUCCACGCUGUCGAUGAGCUCCUUGGAGAGACAGAAAUCUCGAUACGCCGAGCUGGACUUUGAGAAAAUAAUGCACACAAAGAAACGCCACCAGAACAUGUUCCAGGACCUCAACAGGAAGCUACAUCACGCCGAGAAGGACAGAGAGUCUCCAGCCUCUGACAGCAAGUCUGUGAGAUGGAGUGUGUCUUCAGGAGGAAGUGACAAAACGAACCACAGCGACAAGCAGCAGCCUCCUCUGGAGAGGCCCUGGGAGGGAGUCCGGGGCAUCCCGCAGUCGCCCCCCGCCUGGGUGCGCAAAGACCUGGAGCCCCUCGCCGCCUCGCCUCUGGAGCUGCACUCGGUGGAGUGGGAGAAGACCGGCACCACCAUCCCGCUGGUGGGACAGGACAUUAUCGACCUGCAGACGGAGGUCUGAGGAGGAAGGGAGGGGCCGGCGCCCCGGUUUCACCUCAACCACCUCUUUGGUUUCAGAACGGGAUCCUGGAUGGAUGAAGCAACGAGAGAUCCCUGAAUCCAUGUCUUCAAAGCAAGAAGGGAAGGUGUUAAAUGUAGCUUCUCUGUGUGGACGCUAAUCCUAGUGCUCUUAACGGGUCGGUGGCGUCCACGGACCGGAACCGUCUGUGGACCCGCAGCCGCCCGGCGGGGGUUCCUGAGCCCCGCAGCCGGGCUUCAGAGGACGCGGUCGGCGUGUCAGUGCUUCUGUUUUCCUUCAACUGAAAUGUGGAGAAAAAAUUAAAAACUUUUUAAGUGGUGCGCCCCCCCUGCUUGUUGGGGGGGCUCCGCCAGGACUCUCAGCUGCUCUUCCUGCAGCGGCGUUACCUUCCGAAAACAAGGCUAGAACCCAGAAAGGACCGGUUUCAUGUUACAAUGCUGUGCAUUUCUGAAGGCUGGGCGCACACAUUUUGGUCGUUGUGCAGUGGAACUUUCAUUUUCUUUUGUGGAGCUCUCUGUUGUCUUUAAUAUUAUUAUUCUUCUUCACGUCUUUUUAUUUCUGAUUCGACUCCAAAAACAUGCAUCUCUAACGGACUGCAUUGGGAAAAACAGCCAGCACCACGAUAACACAGACUCUCACACAGGAAGAGCAGUGCAUUCUGGGAAAAGCUGGAUGGAAACCCCAACAAGAUGCAGGCUCUUCCAUGGAAAGGGUUGUUUGUCAGCCUUGCAGGACCGAGCGAGCGAGCGGAGGUUCCCAUCGGGGCCUUAAGACUUCAACACUUUUGUGUUUUCAGCCAUCAGUGUGAAACAGUGCAAUAUUGAUGGGUGCUUGAUGCUCAAGCAAGACUGAUAUUAUGUUUUAGGCAGAUUUUCUUAAAAAAAAAACACUUUUAUACCAUCUUCCUCAUAUUUAAAGAGAAUAUAGAUGCUUUAUGAUAAUAUUGUAUUACAAACCUGUUCUAGUAAUUCAAGGAAUUCAUUCACUAGAGAUAUUCUUCGCACACGUCUCCAUAUUUGGAGCUCUCUGUGACAGGUAGAUAAUUGUAUUUCAAUAAGAUUAUAUAGACAAUUAUCGCUUAAUUGUUCUUCAGGAUACUUGUUAUUACUCGGAGCCGUAGAGCUACGGGUGAUAGAACCUCUCGUCUUCUGUAACGCUGUGUUACUGUAUGUACGACCAGCCAGUCUCCCCACCGCCCUCCCCGUCGCCCCACAGGUCUUCUCAUAGCUGGAGUUACUCGUACGGAGCACAGGCGUGUGAUUUCAUUGUUUUUUAUGUUGCGUUUACCUCCUGUAAAUGUACAGUUUUCACAGCACAAAAUGAAUGUGAAUUAUUUUUAAUAAAAACACAAUAAUAUACCAUGAA